CAAUAAACGAAUAAACUCCCGCACUUUUUCGUCUGGCGACGACUUCUUCACUUACUUUUGGCACACGCACGCUAUUCGCAUCUGUGAUAACACUUGUCGACAAUGUUUUUUCCCAGAAACCAGAGUACCUACACUUUUCGCUGAGGUUUUCAACGAGUUGAAUUCGAAUGCGAAUAUAAUAUUUUUUCAAAAAAUUAUUCAUAUUCAUUCUUGCUAUUUCUUUUCAGUUUGUGGUGUCCGCGUUGGUGUUUGUGGUGGCGCUAGCGACAGCCGUGAUAGAGUGCCGCCAUCUGGUGGACGACCUCGAGAACGAGGUCAGCCAGACGGCGGAGGGCAACAUCGGCCUGCCCCUAGGCGGCCCCGUCCAGGGGGGCCAUCCUGGCGGGGAGUGGGUCAAGAUCAAUCAUCCGCCGGUGUCUGUGGUCACGAGGAAAGUAGGACAACACGUCGAAUUACGGUGUGAUGCGAUGGGAUCGCCCCCACCCACUAUACAAUGGUUCAAGAGGAAUCAAAGGAUCACAGAGAACGAGAGCUUCGAAGACAACAACCUUAUAACGGGCAGCCUCAGCCUGGCGAAAGUCUCCUCCCGUUUGGUAAUCAACUACGUUCUCCCGAGACACCAGGAUAUCUACAGAUGCGUAGCAGAAAGCGGGUCCAAAGUGAUCAGCGCAGCUUCAAAACUGAUCGUCACCAACAAAGAAGGCAGAGAAAUGAACCUUACGCAGCUGAUCAACGCCAAGAUCCUUGGGGCACACCAUCUGCCUAGGGUCACCUUCUGGGCAUCGACAUACAUGGACGUCAUAGGUAACGACGUGAUCCUGCCGUGCAAGUUCGUGGGCAACCCUAAGCCGUUGGUGAUAUGGAUCGACCCUUACAGCAAAGUGAUAGAGAGCGACGGUGAGAAGUAUUCGGUGUCCCAAGAUGGAGAGUUGAAGAUCAGGUCAAUAAGUUGGUCGGACAUGGGGCCGUACACGUGCGUUGUUGAAAACUCGGCGGGCGAAGAUUCUGUAGAAACGUUUUUGUAUCCAAUGCAGGAAUCAACGAAAUAACGGCCACCGCACCACCCGACCAAGUCCUUCCCCUCCAAACUCUGAUUCUAGUCAAAUUUUUCUUAAGCAUUCCAAGGCAAAAAUGAGCUUGGAUAUUUUUUUAAUUUAUACUUUUUAGUAUCGAUGAACUAGUAUUUAUAUGAUAGGUAUUAAUAGUGUAAUUAAAUUAUGUACUUAUUUAUAUUGUUAAAAAAGAAUUUUUAAAGAUGUAAUUAAAGAAAUUACAAACACCUGA